CCGGGUCUUGUGACCUCCCAGCAGCUGGUUAUCUAAACAAACAUGGCGGAGAAAGGAGCAGAAGGAGCAGCUGAAGCUUCACUAACGGCGGCAGAGAAGCAGCUCCGCGGCCGCCGACAGGAGCUGGAUUACUGGAAGCAGAACGCAGCGAGGCUCCGCAGAAGGAACCGGCUGACCGGCCUGGCUAUCGGAGCGUUUGUGGUCGGCAUGUUUAGCUACACCAUCCUGUCGGUCAAACAGGAGAGAAUCCUGGACGAACUGGACGAUGAAGCAAAGAUCCACAUCAUACGAGGGCCUCGGACCGGCACCAACUCCUGAAUAUGAACUCGCCCAAACAUAGCACUCUGACUGAUGUGUGACGUCCAUACACUGCAUGGAGUUUCACGCAACUCAUACAAGGACAUUGUUGCUGUUUAUCGUUGUAUCUUUUCCAUUUGGAAACGCUUAAAACCUGUGAAAUGGCUGGUGUCUGAAUGCUUACAUUAAUUUAAACUUUCAUGAAUCAAGUGUAUUAUUUAGGUGUUGUGGACAAACAGCUGUGCCUAAUUACAAUUCUAUGAUUUCAGAUUCGAUGCCUAAUAAUUUCCCUGCUAUGGUAGGCUACUAAUUAGGAGGGAAAUUGGGAAAGCUUUCUCUUCAUAUCCUUCCAGUAAGUUGAUGUAAACGAAUCCAAAAGUUGUAAUGAAUAUGAGUUUUCUUCCAAUUACAGCCAAAUUCAUUUUUUGCACUAAAACAAUUGUUUUUAAAAAGAUGAAAAUCUCUGAGCAAGGAAACCACAAAAAAUGUUAAACAAUAAAAUACUGUAGCGUUGGAAAACUGCAAAAUAAAAGAAGGGAAAAUCGGGCGCUAUGA